AUGGAUGAGGAAACAAAAUCGUUGAUCAAGUCGAUUUAUCUCCAAAACAACGAAAUAAAACAAGACAUCCAAAUUAUUAGAGGCGAUUUACAAGUAGUAUCUAAAAAAAUCUCCGAAUUAGAAAAAAAAGUUGAAAUUUUGGAAACUGAAAAUGAGGAAUUGAAAUGCGAAAUCGAAACUGAGAGAAGAAAACAAAAAAACAACAAUUUAGUUAUAUUUGGGAUUGAAGAAGCAGAAGAAACCGAGACCCUAAAGACUGUCCAGGAAACAAUCCAAGAGAAACUGAAUAUAAAACUGGAAAAUGCAGAUGUGAAUAAUACGUUCAGAAUUGGGAAGCGAAACACAACUAGAAAAAGGCCAGUGAUUCUGGAGUUAGUUCGGAACCUUAAAAAACAAGAAAUCUUGAAGAAUUGCUUCAAACUAAAAGGAACCGAUAUCUCAGUAAGCCACGACCUAACUGAAUCCGAAAGGAAAGAAAAGAAGGUCUUGUAUAAACACUAUAGAGAGGCGAAGGAGGAAAAACUAGAGACAACCCUACUGAAGAACAAGCUCAUCAUCAACGGUGCAACGUAUACUUAUAAAGACUUUCUUAAGGAACCAAAUUCUGAAUUGAAUAUAAAGAAUCCUAGAAACUCAUCUGAAACCUCAUCUAAAAGGAAAAAUGCUCUGAGCCCCCAGGAAGGAACUACAAAAAGGUUCACUCGAAGCGUCAGCAAAGAAGAAAAAAAUACGCAUUGA